AUGUUCACUUCUGAUGAAUGGAGCAAUAACAAGCUAUCAAAGGAAGCCAAGGGGAGGGAGGCUACAAAAAUUGUUCUUAUGCCUUCAUUUUGGAAUCAAGUAGUAUUUACUCUCAAAGUCAUGGCUCCUCUUAUUCAUGUGCUUCGUUUAGUUGAUGGGGAAAGAAAAGCAACUAUGGGUUAUAUAUAUGAAGCAAUGGAGAAAGCCAAGGAAACAAUAGCGAAGUCAUUCAACAAGGAUGAAAGUAAAUACAAUGAUAUAUUUACAAUUAUUGAUAAUAGAUGGAUAUGUCAACUUCAUCUCCCCUUGCAUGCUGCUGGUCACUUUUUGAACCCAGAGUUCUUUUAUUCCAACCCAAACAUGGAAUAUGAUUUGGAAGUUACAAAUGGAUUAUAUGAUUGUAUUAGGAGGUUGGUGCCAAGUAAAGAUGUGCAACAAAAAAUUUUAACUGAGUUGCCUCUUUAUAAGAGUGCAAAUGGACUCUUUGGUGAUGAUUUUGCCAAAGAAUCAAGGAAAACCAUAGCCCUAGCUCAAUGGUGGAAGAAUUAUGGGCAUGCAGCUCCCAACUUACAAAAACUAGAUAUCAAGAUUUUAAGCUUGACAUGUAGUUCAUCGGGAUGUGAGCGCAAUUGGAGUGUUUUUGAGCAAAUUCAUUCAAAGAAAAGGAAUAAACUGGACCACAAAAGGUUGCAUGAUUUGGUUUACAUAAAGUAUAAUCAACAACUUGCUCAAAGAUACAAUAUUAGGGAUGAAAUAGACCCUAUUCUAUUGAAUGACAUUGAUGAAUGUAAUAACGAUAAUGAAGAGGGAGGUAAUGAUUUGGUUUUUCAUGAUGAUCCCACUCUUAAUUGGGCAACUAUUUAUGAAGCUUUGGGUAUUGGAGAACUAGUAGUUUAUACAAGGAGACAAGCAACUAAUAAAAGAAAGCAACCAUCAAGUGAUGGUAUUGUUAUUGGAUCUUCCCAUGUUUCUAAGAAAGGUUCAGGUGCAACUCCAACUCCAACUCCAACACAACCUAAGAAGGGUAAAGAGAGGGCUCAAAUUCAAGUUCAAAAUGAAUUGCAUGAUAGCUCUGAUUUUGAGUUUGAAAGAUUACUUAACUUUGACAAGAGUCUCUCAGAAGGGGAAGAGGAGGAGGGAUAUGCCCCAUUGGAUGAUGACAUUGAAGACAAUUAUGUUGGAGUUGAAGAAGAAUAUGAUGAUUAG